AUGGCUCCCGAGCUGGCCGUGUGCGCAUGCCCGCCAGCGGCCGGCCCGCGCCGGUCACGUGGUCCGCUGAGGGGGGAGGGGGGAGGGGGCCCGCCCCCGCCCCCGCCCCCGCCCCCUGCCCCCCAGUCCCCGCUUGGGGUGGGUGCUGCGGCCGCCGCGGGCCCUGGGGCGGGCGACUUCAGGGUUCCCCGUCGUGGAGUCAAAGCGACGGCGUGGCCCUGCAACUGCCUCAGAUGUUGGGGCGCGGGAGUCGGGCCCUCGGAGCGGCGGCAGCGCGGCCGUCUCAGGUCCGUCGGCGGUGCCCGCUGUCGCGCGAGGGCCGGGCCACGGGCCGCGAGGCUCGCACGGCCACUCGCGACCCCGAGGCGCGGCCCGGACGCCCCGGGGCCAGGACGGGCGCCCCCGUUCCGCCGGCCCUCCGCGCCCCCGUGGGUCCCGCGCCCCCCGCCGGGACGGCGGCGCCCACCCGCCGCGCGCCCCGCCCGGGGCUGCGGCUCUGCCCUCCGCUGGCCUCUCGGUCCCGGCGACAAUCAUUACGGAGCCGCGCCUUGGAACGCGCUGUGCCCCCUGACGGCGGCGGACCCGCACAGCGCCCGCUUCCUUAAACCGGCGCGAUCGCCCGCCGAACCCGGGCCUCCGUGGCCCUGCGUGGCCCUCCGUGGCCCUGCGUGGCCCUCCGUGGCCCUGCGUGGCCCUGCGUGGUGGGUGUUCGCGCUCGGAAGCCCACCUUGCUCAGCGGGGGGCCUACACGCAGCCCCGGGUCCUUUCCCACCGUGCAGCUCCCCAGGGCUGUCGCGAGGGGCCAGCCCGCCGCGUCUGUGUGGUCACCGUGUUUGCCGGGGCACCUGGGCAUCCCAGCCACUGGCUGCCCAUCUGUUCGCGCCCCGCUUGCCUGGGUCCCGUGGCACCACCGGUGAGAAUCCAAAGAAGCGGCAUGCUGGCGCAGGACCCGUCCCUAGCGCUCAAGUGCCCCCUGGCAAGGAUUUUAUCCCCGUGCUGGUCAAACGGACGGGCAACUCGACCCUGGAACCCCGUUUGAGGGUCUGUUUUCUGGGGCCACUUCUGGUGGCAAUUACCGUAUCAGUCAGGGUCCCAGCAAGAAACAGAUGGCAUGCUCACAGAGAUGAUCGGAGGAAUUUUAAUAAACGCACGAGUUACAAGGAGGAAGAGUUAAGUGAAGGAGCAAGGCUUGGUGAGGGAGGCCGCAGUGAGCAGGGGAAGAGGCUCCCUCAGCAAAAGGCUUAGCCUAGCAGAAGAAUGAAGCCCCCCUGAACCCCAGGCCUGGGGGAGGGGUCUGGGGAAAUAAAUACUCCAACACUCCCCCCCCACACACACAUCUCCAGGUGUCUCCCAUUAACCCAGCCAGGUGACCAGUUUGCAGAGGUCCCCUUCCUGGAGCACAAACAAAGUCAGACGAAGGUGGAGGGUGAAUCUGGAGCAUGCGGAGACUGCCCUACACAUGCAUUAAAUACCAGCACUCACCGGAGGGUACAAUUCUGUAAAAUAGAAUGUCUAGGGGUCCCUGGGUGGCUCAGUCGUUAAGCGUCUGCCUUCAGCUCAGGUCGUGAUCCCGGGGUCCUGGGAUUGAGCCCCACAUCGGGCUCCCUGCUCUGUGGGAAGCCUGCUUCUCCCUCUCCCUCUCCCCCUGCUUGUGUUCCCUCUCUCACUGUGUCUCUGUCAAAUAAAUAAAUAAAAUCUUAAAAAAAAAAAAACCUUCUGAAGAU